AUGUCAUCACACCAAGCGCUCCAGGGGUACCUGUGGUGUGGCAUAUUUACUGGAGCAACCACACCACGGCGGAAGAGGAGGAAGGUUGCUCCGGUUACCCCACGGUUGCCCAUACGUCUGCCAACUGUGCAGACACCCUUGCAACCCCCGCGAUUCCAGUUCCCACCGUCUGUCCAAUGCCACUUGCCCGAAGCCAUUGCAGACAUGGUCAGCGAGAGUUCCGGCGAUGAAGAUGGGCAACAGCACCAGCAGCAGCGAGGGCUUUCACCCGUGGACAGGGGUCUGCAGCGCCCACUGAACCUCCCCGCGCCCAUCCCUUUCCGUUUUCCCAGCACACCAGGUGGAUCCCUGGUGUAUGAACCCCCGCCACCACCACCACCACCAGUUCAACGACCCCGCCCGCAAACACAUGCCAGCACCAAGGUUUCGCUUCACCGAAUCAUCCAUAUCAAAAUCAAGUUCAAAGGGAGCGCUUGGCAACGUUCAUUGCCGAUGUUCACGUCCUUGCGCGCCACACCACCUUUUUAUCAAGUACUACCUUGCCAACAGACCGCUGCGUACACAGCUACGAGCAUCUUCACCAACCUCAAAGUCAACGUACAGGAGCAUUUCAUGCAAAUGUUUCUGCGCUAUGUCAAUGAAAGGCUUGGUUUGAAGCAAGUCGUACUGCAUCUUCGGAGAGCCGGAGUUAGCCGAGCGCAGCGCCAACAGUAUUAUCGGGGUGUCCGUCAAUUCACAAAGAUGAGCCCCUUGCGUACACCCUUGCGGUGGACGCAAUGCCAUAUUAAGUACGCGGAACUGGCCGAAUGGCUGCGCGCUGGGGCCGACAAGAAGCGAACCCCCCCACCCCCCCCCACCCCACCCCUCCAGCUCGUGCGUGGCUGCGAAGCGACGCAAGCGAGCACCUUGCUUGGCACCUACUGUGAGCUCUCGCACCUCUAUGAGCGCCGUGGAAUGCGCCUGUUUCCUGCUAUCCCGCUGCGCAAAUCUCGAAUCCAGUCAUCUGUUCUGAUUGACACGAAGAUCCUAACCACUCAUAUCCUGGCCUUGGGCCACCAUCACAUGGGGAAACUUACCGAUGAACGCAAGCGGGAGCUGUGGGGGCAGUUUCUCAAUGUGAAUGACACGGUCUUCAAGGAUCGAAAGAAGCUUGGUCUCAAAUUUGAUGGGUCAAUCAGCACAAACGGGUAUUCCGCUACCAUCCACUUCAAGAAGCCAGGGCUCAAGUACGGCCAUCGCGCUCGGAAGCGCAGCAAAGCCGAAAUGCAGGAAGAAGUCCAGCAGCUGUAUUUUGAGCACCACAUCGCCCAACUAAGGGAGGCUCCAAACAUCGUCUGCAGUGAUCCGGGCAAGCGUGACCUCUUGUUCUGUCGAGACAUCAAGAAGGAGCGGCCAUUUCGAUACACGUCCAAUCAACGGGCGGUCGAGACAAAGUCUCGGUACUUUCAAAGAGACAUGAGAGAGCAAAAGAUCAAUGCCGGCAUCGCUGAGAUGGAAUCACAUAUUCCAUUGCACAAGAGCAUGAACAUCGAGGCGUUCUCAGCGUUCAUCGUGGAUUACGAACACACGGAUCCCGCCCUGGAUGAGUUUUACCAGGAUGAGAUUCAUGUAGCUUGCAGAUUCAAGGCGUUCUCACUGCGGCAAAAGUCUGAGAGCAAGCUCAUCAAGAACAUGCGACACCUGUAUGGAAAGCAUUUUGCGGCCAUCUUGGGUGAUUGGAGCGACGCUGGAAAGACCAUGCGCUUUCAGGAGUCAUCAAAGACCAAAGGAUUUCGCACACUCUUUGCAAGAAACAGCAUUCCAUGCUACUUGCUGGAUGAGUAUCGAACGUCGUCCGUGUGCCCCGACUGCCACGGCCGUGUGAAGAAAAACAUCCGUCAGCGGCUGUCAUCUCGGCCAUGGCAAGCUAGAAAGGGAAGAAUGGAAUACGUCCAUGGAUUGGUGGGUUGCCCCAACCCCGAAUGUAUCAACCAAGACUGGACACCAUAUGAGAUUCCUGGAAGACGACCACUACGACUACGGAUGAGAGUGCACAAUCGGGACAUCCUGAGCACCAAGAAUUUCCUCUCGAUUUUCGCGGUUUCCACUUCGUCCUCGGGCCUUGCUGAACACAACAUCCGUGAUCAACACCCAGAACCUCGAUCAACAAACAACAAAAUGGGCGACAGGAAAGCCAAAAUGGAGGCGCUUGCCGCAAAGCGUCGAGCUGCAGAGGAAGAAGAGGAGAAGCCAAGUACGAAGGCAGCAACGAAAUCGAAAGGAUCGGCCGCGACAGCAAAGCCAAAACCGAAAGUCACUGAUGAGCGCUCUGCCAAAGCUCGUGAGGAGGAGUUUGCAAAGAAGGAGCGUGAGCUGUCCAAGCACAAGAACCUUGACCAGUACGAUAACGAGGACGGAUUCCUGGUCGAUGAUGAGGAGGAAGAAGAGGACGAUGCCGGAAGCGAAUCUCCCUCUGAAGACGAGGAGGAAGAGGAACGACCAAAGAAGCGGAAGGCGAAGGACGUAAAGCCAUCAAAAAGCUCCGGCAAAGCUUCUAGCAAGCAACCACCGGCCAAAAAGAAGAAGAAGGCUGAAAGCGACGAUGAGGGUUCUGGUGGUGACGAACCUGAUGAAAUCUCUGAUGACGACCUCCUGGAAGGUUUGGACACAUCGGAUAUCCUGCCUGACCGUGGACGUCGUACCCGUGGCGUUAAGAUCGAUUACACGAAGUUCGGCCCUGAUGAUGAAGAUGAUGACGAAUGA